AUGACUACAUUAACCAAGUUCGUUUUCCCACCAACCGACGGCUCUAUUCCCCCUUCCUCUAUCAGUGAUUUUCAUCUUGAGCAUAACCCUAGUCAUGUGUUUGCUAUCCUAUAUGACAUCAAUAACUCCUCUCAGACCAACGUCACGUACGAACAAUUUGCCUGCGCAGUUCAUCGUGCUGCCCAUAUCUUGAACCCUAACGGCACUAUUCCUCAAGGAACUAACAUUGGAUUCCUGCUUUCUGCCCAUACAAUUCAAUAUAUUGUAAUGAUUUUUGGGGCUAUGAGAGCAGGCUUAGUCCCAUUUCCUAUGUCUCCACGAACACACGUCUCUGGCAUUGCCCAUCUUCUGAAAUCCACUCAAACGUCGCUAGUAGUUGCCGGGGGUUCUCAGGCCAUCAAUCACAUUAUAUCUCAGCUUCCCAAUAACUUGGCAGAAGUCGACUCCCCAGUUCAAUUUAUAGACCUUCCGUCGUUAGAUCAAGUCUUACCCGAUCUCGGAAGGGCUGGGCGAGAACCUAAACACAAACCCUUUCCUCCUCUGAAAACUAUCUCGGGUGAUACCAUCAUUAGCAUUUUGCAUAGUUCUGGUUCAACAGGCAUGCCAAGGCCCGUCAAAUUUCACCUCGAAGGCUUAUUCAAAAACUUGAUCACGCAGUCAAUUGGGCGAGUGUAUGCGCGGGAAGGAGUCCGAAGCGGAACUAUGGCCCUUCCUACAUUCCACGCAAUGGGCAUGUUUUUCCAAAUUUUCGGUCCAAUUUACGCAGGGUGUACUCAAGUCUUGUUCGCUCCAAGUCACGUUCCUGUGGUACCAACAUCAAACUUAACAAUCAAAGUGGCGACUGCCACAAAUUGCUCACAUAUAGUAUGCAUACCGGCAUUCUUAGAGAUGUGGUCUCAAGAAGAAGCCGCUCUGGCAUAUCUGCGCCAAAUGAAGUGUGUUGUGAGCAUUUUUGAACUUAAUUUACAGAUAGUGGAGACUCAGGAUACACAGCUAUUUGGCGGAGGACCUUUGGCUGACGCGAUAGGGAACAAAGUAGCCGAUCAAGGUGUCCGCUUCCGCUCUUGCUAUGGUGCAACCGAGCUCGGCCUCGUAACAGAAGCAUCGGAAAUAGAUGACUUCAAUGAUUGGAAUUACGUGCAGUUCUCACCACAAGUAGAUGUGCGGUUUAUUCCACAAAAUAAUGGUGACAAUUUGUUUGAACUUGCAUUCGUGGUAUCAGAUGACUAUAAACCUUUCGAGCUCAACUUCGAGAUUGACGGGAGGCCAGCGUAUAAAACCAAGGACCUCGUUAUUCGCCAUCCUCAUAAGCCGGAUCUAUGGAAAGUUGUCGGACGUCUUGACGACCAAAUUAUCCUUCUCAAUGGCGAGAAAACAAAUCCGGGCCCUAUAGGCAAGCUGAGGGCUUAG